AUCCAGGACAGGCAGCAGUGGGAUCUAUCGGCAACUAUGUUAUCCCUGCAACAUUUGCUCCUUAUUCUUUUUUCCUUGGGGCAGGUCUCUGCACAGCACGUUCAUAAUAAUGUUGGCAGAAGAUUUCCUCAGUGGUUAACAGGGCUUAUCGCUAUGACAGUCUUCCUCUUUCUCGUUCUUGUGGUAUAUGUAGCCAAGAUGCUCUGGAAAAAGAGAUCACAGCAAGGCACAAACAUGAAAGACUUUGAAGAAGUGGUCGCCAAUGGCACCGGUGGAUGUUAUGAGACAAGAAUAGAAAAUAUCUGGUCCGGUGAAAACAUUCAUGCAUAUGAAAAUCCCAUUGAAGUCAAUGACAAUGUCCGUACUACAGCUAUGUAACUGAUCCUUGGAUUUAUGGCAUGUAAACGAUGUAAACAGUAUAUAUAGAGCUGCAAAAGUUCUAACUGAGUAGCACAACGAGAAAGUGAUUUUUAUACAUUUUUUUACUUGGUAUUUUGUGUUCCAUCUUAACUUCAUCUACAUGGAAACACAAUAUAUUUAUUGUGAAUUGGUAAGGUAUUAGAAAUGUUUACUUUUAAUUGUGUAUACAUUCAGUUUCUCCAGGAUAUUGUUACCUA